AGGUUAUAGGGGAGGGCAUAGGAGAAAGAGGUCACUAUUUAAAAGCACUGCCCUUUCUCGUAGGAAUAGUACAGAGGAAGAGUCCUAUGUUUAACGACAGUAAAUGCUUGGAUAUAUAACGCAAAACGAAUAUUGUUUCCCUUUAGAUAAGCCGUUUUCACACACGAACAGCGUUUUUAUGAUGGACUGCAGCUGGUUGCUAAAUUGUUCCCAAGUUGUGUGAUUUUUGUUUCACUUCUGGUGUAACAGGGCAAGCCGUGUUACUUUUUAAGUCUGCAAAAGUACGUGUAGUUUUGUUUUCCUUUUGGGAAAGAGAAUGGCACCACAGGAGCAUUUGGGUCUACGUUCUGGCUUCGCCCCACCCGUGCCCCCACACCGUCCGAAGCAGAGGGUGGCCACUCAGUGUCCUGUGCAGGAGGAGCUCUGCCUGAAGUGUGUCCUCGUGGGGGACGGAGCAGUGGGGAAGACGAGUCUACUAGUCAGUUACACCACCAAUGGCUACCCGACGAAGUAUGUGCCCACUGCUUUUGAUGAUUUCUCAGCUGUAGUGCAAGUCGACGGUGACCCAGUGAGACUGCGACUGUGCGAUACUGCAGGGCAGGAUGAGUUUGACAAGCUGAGGCAUUUCUGCUACCCAAGAGCUGAUGUCUUCUUGCUCUGCUUUAGUGUGGUUAAUCCAUCCUCUUUCCAGAAUGUCACUGAAAAAUGGAUUCCAGAGAUCCGCCACUACUGUCCUACAGUUCCAGUUAUUUUAGUUGGGACCCAGUGUGAUCUACGGGAGGACGUUAAGGUGCUAAUAGAACUUGACAAGUGCAAGGAGAAACCAGUACUAGACACAGCAGCAAAAGCUCUUUCUGUAAAGAUUAAUGCAGUCUCUUAUGUGGAGUGCUCUGCCCUGACACAGAAGAACCUCAAGGAGGUUUUUGACACUGCCAUCCUAUCUGGGAUGAAAUAUUCUAAAGACAGGGCUAGCAAAGGAAAGAAGAUGAAAACUACUGCAAACAAAAUGAGAACUCUUUCCAAGUCUUGGUGGAAAAAGUACGUGUGUGUUCAUUAAAACUGCAUUGCUCCUAUCUGAAAAUGGACUGUCACAGAGAAAGUAAAGAACUUGUGUAACGAAUACUGUUUUUGUUUAUUGGUUGCUGAGACUAAAUACGUUUUGGGUUUUAAUUUUUUUUUUUUUGGAAGUGACAUUUCCUUUAGACUCUAAACACCUCUGGACAUUAAAACUGUAAACCCUUUGGACAUUUCUUACCUGUUGUUGAUGUUUACAUAUUUGCUGCUACAAUGUUAAGGUGGUGUUUUAAGAGGAUUGAGUCUGCAGUGGUCUGUCUUGCACCUUUUUACCACUUUUGCCCUUCAGUUCCCAGAUUGGCCAUCCUUUGCAAGACAUUUGAGUGCUGAAAUUGUAGACUGGUCAUAUAAAUGUGGAAAGAGCCAAGGCAUGGGUGAUGCCAUACUUUUGUGGGUUUGUUACAGCUUUGUCUUUUGCAUAUCUGUUAGCAUGUGCUGUUAAGUCGCAGUAAUUGUUAUGGUGCUUGACUGCACAAAAACGAAAGGCAUGGGUAUCGGUAAUUCAGAUGUCAGCAUGAUGUACUAUUGGUCAGUCUGCGAGUGGGGGGUUGCCUGCUUCAUUGAGAUGUGACACAGUACGCUGCAUCAUUCUGGGUGCCUCAAAAAAACAACUGCAAAUGCUUUCUUUAUCUUCCUAUAUAUUGCAUUUAUAUUUGCCUUUGUGACUUGGAUCUUGGCUAAGAAAUCUGAUGAAGGGCCUGAUGAAGCUUUCAGUUACCCAGUUAACAAGUCUGCAACAUUUGUUAUUAAGUACACUUUUUAAUUUAUUUCUUUUAAUGUGAAGAUUGAGCUGAAAUGAAAAAAAAAAUGUGUGUAUAGCUGAUUCCUUCUUAAUUGGAGUCUGUUGGCAGAACCAUAUUAUGUUGCCUUAGAAUGAAUUGCCUCCUGAGUAGUUUGUCCACAGAUCUGCAGUGAAACUUCCCUCCAGCAUACCUGAAGGGUUUUCACAUUAACUGGAAUGACUGUUGUAUGUUUGCAAAGCUGUUGAGAGUAUGUUGAAAGGUAUUUUUACCAUUUAUACAGAUGGAGACUUAAGAGAGUUGUGCAGCAUAAACUUGCUGUUGUAUUCUGGGACAGUGCCAUUCUGAGCAUGCUCCUGUUCUGUGAUGCAUUGCCGAUCUGCAUGCUGCUGUAGUGCAUCCCAGUAACAUUCUGGGCAUGCUUCCACUGUGUGAUCCAGUGACAUUCUGAGCAAUCUCCCUUUUUGUGACCCAGUGCCAUUCUGGGCAUGCUCCUAUUCUGUGACCCAGUGUUCUCUCUGAGCAUGUGCCCAUUGCUGCUGUUUAAACUCUGAACGAUACCAUUCAUGCACUUUUACAAAGUCCAUAAAAUCGUUAAAGCAUGCAUGUGUCUAUUUUAUUUAGGUUGCAGAUGCAGGCACUCUGUAAAAUAGUUUUCAUAUUGCUUCUGUUGUAAGAAGCUUGGUUUUAUUUCUGAAACUGCACAAUGAUUGUACUUCACAGAAAUGUAAAGAACUCUACCCCCAAUUUCAGUGAUUGGUUAAAGCUGUUUAUAUCUGAUGUAUUAGACUGAGGCAGAGAUCAAAGAAAGCUGCAUCAAUUUCAGAUGUCUAGCUGUACUGUCACAUGGCUCCUUGUGGGGGAAGCAUUUUUUAAUGUUCUGUGCUGCAGUGUUGCUGCUUUAUAAGCAGUGCUGAUAUUAAUUUUCAAAUAAAUUCAUUUAUAUUUUAA